GAUCUCCUCUUUGGCUCUGGCCUUCUUUUGUCCCGGUAUUUCAUAUCUGACUGGGCCACCCUAAUAAAAACCAUUCGCUCGGUGCUGGAGCCGCCAUGGAUCUGUGCUUUCGGAGCUUGAAAGCUCAGACAUGGGGAAUAAACAAACCAUCUUCACAGCGCAGCAGCUCGACGCAUAUCAGGACUGUACAUAUUUCACCAGAAAAGAAAUUCUCAGACUGUUCUACCGCUAUCGGGAUUUGGCACCGCAGCUCGUUCCUCUUGACUACACCAACCACCCAGAUGUGAAGUUACCAUACGAGCUGAUUGGCAGCAUGCCGGAGCUGAAGGACAACCCAUUUCGUCAAAGGAUCGCUGAGGUUUUCUCUGAGGAUGGAGAGGGAAACAUGACGUUGGACAACUUCUUGGACAUGUUCUCAGUGCUCAGUGAGAUGGCGCCUCGUGACCUAAAGGCCUACUAUGCCUUCAAAAUAUACGAUUUCAACAACGAUGAUUUCAUCUGCAAGUCGGACCUGGAGAAGACGCUGAACAAGCUGACCCGAAACGAGCUAACGGAGGACGAGGUGAAGAUGGUGUGCGAGAAAGUGAUCGAUGAGGCAGAUCUGGACAACGACGGACGUCUGUCGCUUGAGGAUUUCCAGCACAUGAUUAACAGAGCUCCAGAUUUCCUCAGCACCUUUCACAUACGGAUCUGAGGAAACCGGCGCCUUAUUUCUCGCUUGUAAAAGCCCAAAUGAAUGGACUGAAAAUACUACAGAGCUUCACAAAUCAAUCUUCAGGAAACCACUCCUACUUUUUGUUUUCAUUUCAUCUUAGAUAUUUUUACUUGAAGUAAAACUGAACCCACACAGUGGAAGCCCAGCCAGGAAAGGCAUCAUUAAUUAGGACCAUCAACUGCAGAUUUGUUUUGUAUCUAAAGGGGUUUUGGUUACACUAGAUAUAAAAGAGCAGAAUAUUCCAGUGGCUCCCAGUGGGCCAGUAGAGACGGAGGGAGCCAUUUAUCUGAAAGCAGCUCCAGCACGGGGUCAACUCCUGGUCGCCUCAGCCAAUGAAAACACUGGAAGAAGUCAAACCAUUUUUAGAUCCUUUUUUAUUAAAUCAAAAGUACACAUAUCUACAGUUGGUAGAUACAUUUCAUAUGGGUUUAGAAAGUACAGUACAGUUUAUAUAGAUUUAUUUUUCAAUGUUCAAUGAUAUUUAUAUAUUUCCCCCCCACCUCUCUAAACUUCUCCCUGUGAAUUUCCCAAGAGACAGAAUGAAAACAUGGCUGCUAAAAAUGUGUUUGCUUUAUUACAUGUGAUGGGAUUUUAAGAAAAAAUAAAAUAACAAAAUAAAAAUAAUAAAUCUGUCAAAAAUAAUUGCUGCUAAAGUUUAGAUUAACAUGCAGUUUUUAAGUAAGCCUGACCUGUUUCUGGCUCAGUGAGUGACAAAAAACACAUUAAAUGUAACAAAGCAAAUAAAUUCAUCUGUAAAGGUUUAUGAUAUACAAAGGUCCAAGAUUCACAAUGCAUAGCUCAGCUAUGAGAUCUGACGGUUAAGACAAAUGGUCCUAGUAAUCAUGAGGUCCCAAAUCUUUCUUUGAUACUUAAAAAAAAAAAAAAGAAAAAAGAAGAAGCUACAACCAAACCAUAAAAAUGCCUUUCUGAACGCUGUGGAGUUUCCAGAAAAACGACUAACAUAAGAAUACCAACAUGAGGUAAGCAGGAGAAAUGCAUUUCAAUUAACUCUGGCCUUUUUUCCUCCUGAAUUUAUGUAAAUACUGAAUCAAAUUUGAGUUUAGGUGGUUUAGCUAAAAGAGGCAUACUGGUUCUACAGCGCCACCUAGCUAUCAAACAUCACAACUAAAUAUGGAAAACACCUGAAAAGAGCUUAAUUCAAGCCUGCGUUGACGUGAGCAGAGCGCAAACUUUUAAAGAACAAAGUGGCAGGCUUUAGCUUAAAACUCCUCUAUUCUAUGCCUACAUAUUGGAUUUACAUCAGUUUACAGAAAUUACAGGGAAGCAAACGCUUCUAGGUGACAGAUUACAGUAGGAGGAUGCCGGAUCACUUGGUGCUGUUAGAUUUUGGUAUCACAGAUGCAACAGAUCAACACUGAGUGGUUAUAAAACGAAGCUAUCACUUGGCACGGACAAACACACGACGUAAUGGUAAAGUGCUGGGAGAACUCAAAGGGAACUUGCAGUUCAUGACCAGAGGCGUCAUUUGAGCUUGAAUCUUAUCUAGAAACGAUUUUCUUGGUGAGAGAUUGGUGUAUUUUGUUCACCGUCUCCAUGGUAACCAUUAAAAACCAAGCCGCCAAAUGAGCAACAUAAGUGCCUGCAUCUCAAUCGGGAAGAUAUGAAGUUUGUUGAGUUUGUUUUUUCAUGCCAGAACCAAUUUCCUAAUUUAAUUUUCUUCCUUUCUUUUCUA